AUGCCAGAGCUAAGCGAACGUGCGACGCCCUCGUUCCACGCAUGCCUCUUGCUCCUGCGGACGCGUCAGCCUGCACCGUCCCUGCGAAUCGCGUCGUCGUCGAUUCGUGAUCAACUGCCGAUGCGAUGUGCCGAUAUUCUGCAGCUGUCGCGCGGGAACUCCGAGGCACUCGAGGGACGAGCGACUCUUUACAAUUUGACGAGUCCUACGUGCAUGAUCUCGUUUCUCACCACGCUGCGCGUACCGAGAUGGGCAGAAUCAUCUUUGAUCGCGUCCGGCAGACGUCGUUUCGAGUGUGGACGGGUCGAAAUUGAUCUGUCAAAGAGGAACCGUGUGUGCCGGCACUAAACUCGCGGCCCCGAAAAUCACCGGGCCGAGUCGGUCGUACUUGGAAGCGCAGCUGCAAGCAUCACCACAAGGAAAACACACGGAAAUAGAGCGGGACACGGCUAGAGCAAUCGCGCGUGGCUGA